UUCUCCAUGUAUAAAAACCCCAUACUCACUCAACACAAACAACAUAGCCAAUUUUCAACAAAGCACUCAAAAUAUUACAACUCUCAGCACAAACUACAGAACCAAAUUUCAAUAACCACUCGAAAUCUUACAAAAAUUUUACAAGCACAAAGACAAAAAAAGGGAAAUGGCAAGGAAGAGAAAGGCCUGUGAUGAAGGAGUGGUGGUGGAAGAGAAAAUCACUAGCAAUAUUGAAGCAAACAUGAGUUGGGAUGAGAUGGUGAAGGAGGCUGCAGCGGCCGCCGCCUUGGGAGGUGCAAGGCGGGCUCGAAAGCGAUUUGUUGGUGUCCGGCAGCGGCCAUCAGGCAGAUGGGUGGCUGAAAUCAAGGACACCAUACAGAAGAUUAGAGUGUGGUUGGGGACUUUUGACACAGCUGAAGAAGCGGCAAGGGCCUAUGAUGAAGCUGCUUGCCUGCUCCGGGGAGCCAAUACAAGGACAAAUUUCUGGCCUUGUUCACCAUCAACUUAUGCAACUCCGGCUCUUCCCUCUAAGAUCACUAAUCUCCUUCUUCAAAGACUCAAAGCAAGGAACAAUUCGACCUCUUCUGCAUCGAGUUCUUUGCCUGCAAAUCCGCAAGAAAAUCAGCAUCAUCAAGCAGACGAGUAUAACAAUAAUACUAACAGCAAACAAGAAGAAGCAGUUGCAGCAGCAGCUGAGCAUUUCACUGAUUCACAGUUCACUGAUUUUCUCAAUGAUUCUGAAGAUUAUUACACCAUUGAUAACAUCAAUAACACCAGUGGAAGUACUCUGGAUUCGAUGACAAACAGUUUGGAGUCUUGUUUAACUGAGAAAGAAGAAGAUUAUGCAGGCCAAUGUUCAAGUGCUGAUCAUGGAGAAUUUCAAGAUCAACAAGAAGAAGAGGAGGAAGAAUACAAAGAAGUUGAGCCUAUUGAUUUUCAUUUCCUCGACGACAUUGAUUCAUCGAGUUUUUACUCUCCAUUUGAGAUGGCAGAAGAGAUAGAGCAGGAGCCAAUGGAGGCUGGGGAGAUCUAUGUAGAUGAGUCAUCAAUGCUGAGAGCAGCAAUGAAGAGAAUGAAAUAUGAGAGGAAAUUCUCAGCUUCAUUGUAUGCCUUCAAUGGCAUCCCAGAGUGCUUGAAAUUGAAACUGGGAUCAGUGAAUGUGAAUGGGAGAAGCAAAUCAGAACAACUAACAAAACUUCAAAAUGCUUGUGACAGCAACAAGCUAAUGGACAAUGAAAUUCAAGAGAAGAAACAAGAAGAAGAAGAGAACAAGGAGGAAAUGAGCUCAAGCAAUAUUAAUGAAGGUGAAUUGUCACUUUGGAGCUCACUUGAUCUCCCACCAAUUUGCUUUGUGAAUUAAGAGCAAUGCUACGUGUACCCAAUUUUAGUAUCGAAUUAGAUACUCAAAUGUGUUAUCAUAUAAUUGAGUGAUUUUAAAUUAAAGAUAA